AUGGCGAAAGUCCUGGGCCUAGCAUCACCAUUCAAAACGCCAACCAAGACUAAGAAUGGGUUUGAUAAGGCCAAUGCAAUAGAUGAACGACCAGGGUCUGCACCCUCGGGUAACAUUACAGAGAUGCUAGAUGUCACCAAUUCCUCCAAGCGGUCGCCUUCCAGUAUCGCAGCAAUUCGAUCAGUGCGAUCAGAAGAGAAAUUCCACACCCCCGAGCGCCAGUGCGAGGCCUUCUAUGCGCAUGAAAAACCAGAAAUGUCGGGUGCGAGGCGCGACGAUUUCAGGAACACUGAGCCUAUGUGUCGGACAGUCCAUUCAGAAGACACGUCUCCAUUAGUUCGCAAAGCCUUGAGACAGCGCAAUCCCUCAGAUCGCGGGCUCGUUUCCAAAGUCAAGAGAAAGCUCAAAUUUGCAGUGGGCCCAAGUAGGAAGAAACGACUGUUGGCAUCAAAAAAGGCAGGGAGGCGCAAGUCGCCAACAACCAGCACGACAAAUUGGUGGAACAUUUGA